CCAGAGUGACCUAGCGUGAACCUUGUGAAGUUAUUGGAGAGCUUUACGCACGCGGGGGGCGUUCAUAGAACGAUAUGGGGAGCUGUGUACUCGGCGUGUUUAAAUGACAAUUGAGUCCGCCUCGGAAUGAUUAACGACUUUAUCAGUCACCCACACACAUAUAUACCUACCGAGAGGGAGAUACAAGACAGGUCGCGGUAUGCGAAUCAUUUGCUGGUGUUGGCAGAGCCUCUUUUGAAGCGUAACUCCUAGCUCCUGGUUCUGAUUUUAAACCUGUGCGUCUAACGGUUUGCUACAGGACGUUGCUCAGUGUCUCUUUCAACUUUGGAGCAGUUUUCAUUUCUUCUUUACCGACUCAUUUGGCAAGUUCAAGUAUCCAACUGAGAUGCAGUAAGGGCAGAUAUGAUAGGUGACUUGCCCGAAGGUAGGAAGAAGAAAAAUAGCUACUCUUUUUGGAGGUGUAUGCCCUCUUGCGCCCGCUGCUCCUGUGCCUCAUCAGCAAUGGCCGCCUUCCGUGGCGUGUGGACCCAGCAGUUCUGGCGGGCCGUGUUCGGCGAGCUGCUGGCCAUGACCCUGUUUGUGCUGCUCAGCCUGGGCUCCACCAUCGGCUGGGGCUCCCCGACCAACGCCACCACCUCCUCCAGCGGGGAGAGCAGCACACCCGCCCCGCACCCCCCGGACCUGGUGCUCAUCUCCCUCUGCUUCGGCCUGGCCAUCGCCACCUUGGUCCAGUGCUUCGGACACAUCAGCGGCGCCCAUAUCAACCCGGCGGUUACCAUAGCGAUGGUCGCCCUCAGGAAGAUGAGCCUGGCCAAGGCGGUGUUCUACGUGGUCGCCCAGUGUUUGGGAGCCAUGAUCGGGGCGGGGAUACUCUACGCGGUCACUCCCACGGCGGUCCGGGGAGGACUAGGCGUUACCAAGGUGAACCCCAGCAUGUCAGUGGGCUCGGGUCUGCUGGUGGAACUGCUCAUCACCUUCCAGCUGCUCUUCACAAUCUGCGCCACCUGCGACCCCAAGAGGGAGGACCUCAAGGGAUCCGCCGCGCUGGCCAUCGGCCUCUCCGUAUGCACCGGGCACCUGUUUGCUAUUCCGUACACGGGAGCCAGUAUGAACCCUGCGCGGUCCUUUGGGCCUGCAGUCGUCACCUCCUGCUGGGAGAACCAUUGGGUGUACUGGGUGGGCCCGGUGCUGGGCGGCCUGCUGGCGGGCUCCAUGUACGAGUACCUGCUGUGUCCCGACUCCAAGCUGAAGCAGCGCUACUCGCAGAUCUUCUCGCGCGGCCGCCUGCCCUCCUUCCCCAACGACCCGCUGGUGGAGACCGAGUCCAUCCAGAACGGCAGUAGCAGCAGCUUCCGUAGUGGCGAGAAGCAGCAGAAGAAACAGCCCCCGCCCAGCUUCACCGUCCUGGACGUGGAGCGCGCCGAAAGGCUGGAGAGGCGCGGUGGUGGUGGCGGCGGAGGUGAGCGCGAGGCCCCCGGCGCGGACGUGCUGUCGUCGGUAUGACUAGCACGGGAACCGGGGGCGGUACCGGCGCUGGGGAUGGUGGUGGAGGAGGAGAACGAGGCGGAGAAGGAGAAGAAGGGGAGGACUGGGUUAGGAGGAGUGAGUCACAGAGGAGGAAGAGGAGGAGGAGAGGCUAAUGCUAACGUCGUCGAUGCUAACAAAGCUAAUAGCGCUAUCACGAAGCUACGCUACUCCACGGUGGUGCAGCUGCCAGAGACUGCGCUACUGUGAGGACGGUGGACCACGUUGAGAGAACGAAAGAGUGUGUGGGCGUGUGCGCGUGCAUGUGUGAGCUAGAGAGGGACAGUGUGUGUGUGUGUGUCUGUGUCUGUGUUUGU